GGAGCAACGCCUUUGCACAUUGCAGCGUUUAAUGGCAAGACAGAUUGUGUGCGCUUGCUGAUCUCAUGGGGUGCUAACAUCAACUCUGUGACAACUGAAGGUUGCACCCCCCUGCAUUACGCCGCCUACAUGGGCAAAUCGGACGUUGUGCGUGUUCUUUUGGCCCUCGGCUGUGAUGCCUCAGCCCGC